AGAUGGUGCAGUUUAUAUUGUGUACAGGGUCUGCCAGCCUCAUUCCUCCCUAAGGGAGGGAGAAUAGGAGGAGCAUCAGAAGCAUUAGAGACUGCAGUGAGCAUAUCUCAUGCAAAAGGCAGAAGAGAAGAAAAGAGAGACGUUUAGAAGAAGGAACAAGAAAAUGCUGUUUGAGGAGGAAACAGUAUAACCUGACACAUACCUCAAGCUUUACACAGGCAACAUGUCACGGCCUCCGGGAAGAAAGCAGGACAGCCACAAAAUAAGCAGAGAACUUUUUGUUCUCACAUAUGGGGCUUUGGUAGCCCAGCUGUGUAAAGAUUAUGAAAAAGAUGAAGAUGUCAACAGCUGUUUAGACAAAAUGGGAUACGGCAUUGGCAUAAGGCUGAUAGAUGAUUUUUUAGCUCACUCAGAUGUAAAACGGUGUCGCAGUUAUUCUGAAACGGCAGACAUGAUUGCACAGGUGGCUUUCAAGAUGUACUUGGGGGUCACCCCCAGUGUGAGCUGCAGUAGUGCCGCAGGAAAUGAAUUCUCCUUAAUCCUGGACAAAAACCCAUUAGUGGACUUUGUGGAGGAACUGCCAGUGGAGCGAGCAUCCCUUUGCUAUUGCAACCUCCUCUGCGGAGUGAUUCGAGGUGCCUUGGAAAUGGUUCACUUGGCAGCAGAAGUGACCUUUCUGCAAGACAGGCUGAAGGGUGAUGCUGUGACAGAAAUAGGAAUUACGUUUUUAAGGAAGGCUGAAGACAAGAAAGCAAAAAAGAAAUAAAUGAAAGAAAUAUCGAGAUAAACCUUUGUUAUGUGAUGUUCUAGACCUUUUGUUUCUGAAGAUGAAAUGCAGGGUAGAAAUAUUUCCUUGAGUCAUCUGCACUACUCAGAUGUUUGUAGGGUGAAGAAAUCUAGAAAGCAAAGAUGAGGUCAGAGUAAAAAUCUUAAUCCUCAUGGCACAGGUAUGAGUACAAAAGAUCAAAAUGUCUUUGCUGUUCCUUUUCACAUAACCAUACUCUUGAACAAAAUGGAUGCUUUAUUUCAGUAUUCAGUGCAUGCUGGGUGCAAAAUUCAUUCAGACACCUAAUGUUUUCAAUGUUUUCAGGUGAACAUGACUUUGUUUUUCCCUUUUUUUUUCUUUUUUUUUUGGGGGGGGGAGGGAGGGAAGGGAAGAAGGGGUGAUGUUUAAAAGCAUGGUUGGUAAGAUAUGCUUUAUUUCCCUGUCUGACUGUGGUUAAGAAUAAUAAAUCCUACAAUAUGCAGUUUCUCACUGUGAGAUGUCUGCUUUGGUAUGCAAUGGUUUGCCACUCACUCACUGUCCUUUA